GAUCAAAAUCGCCACCAGAACCCGCCGAUAGUCGCGCGGAGUGCCUUCCCAACAAAUUGUUUGCGGCCUUCCGCCCGCACCUCGUUUUUCCUUGCUGUGACGGAACUAGCAUUUUCCUGAUUGAUCCUACGGAUUUCAGGACGCGAAGAGAUGAAAAGACGACGAGACAUGAUGUCGGGUUUUUUGUUGAGUCUUCUCCUAGUCGUUCUACUAUUCAGUUUUGCCAAUGCGGGUGGACACGGAGGACAUAAACACGUGGUGAUCCACGUACCAUACAAAAUCAAGACCAUUCAUCAUACGCACACGAUCACGAAGCAUGUGCAUCAUGGUGGUGACGACAAGUACGAGGUUCUUGGGUACACAGUAGGUCAUCCGAUUGAUCUUGGAGGUCACGGAGGUGGUGGCUUCGGAGGUCACGAUUUCGGAGGCGGAGGCGGAGGCGGCGGUGGGGGACACGACUUCGGUGGCGGCGGCGGCGGCGGCGGCGGCGGCGGCGGCGGCGGUGGAGGACACGAUUUUGUAGGUGGUGGUGGAGGACACGAUUUCGGAGGCGGCAGCAGUGGUCACCUAGAUUUUGGUGGCGGCGGUGGUUACGAUUUUGGAGGCGGAGGUGGAUUUGGAGGCGGUGGUCAUGACGAUUGGUCAGGUCGUUAGAAAAAAUGUUCGUAUGUACAUUACUAAUUCGACUCGUCGUUCGUCAAAAACGUGAUAAUUCGCUUUGGUAAUUGACAUGGUAAUAAUCUUUUGAAGCUUAACAAAAAAUGUCGUAAUUUCUUUAUAAGAAUUAUGAAAUUGUUGAAAGAAAAUUCGAAAUUUAGAAUGAAAUUUAACAGUUUCAUAUGUGCGUGUAUGUAUGCAAAGUUACGCAAAAUUUACUACGCAUAAAGGUGACCGGGAGAUAGAGCUAGAUGCCCCAUAUUUCAGAAUCUCAAAGUUACAACUCCUCAGACAACUAAUUGUUGUGUACUAACUGUACAAACAUGAUAGAGACAGUCUUUUUCUAUGUGUUAGUGCCUGCUAUGAUCCUGUUAUAUUUUGUUUUAUACCAAAAUACAUUCAUAAACUUACAGCAACAUGGUCAUUUUGUCCUGGGUUCAGUUGCCCAGUAACGCAAUUGAAAUCAUUCAUUAGGGAAAGAAGGCCAUAUAAGAAGAUAUAAAAUAUAUAUUCUAAUUAAUAGUUUCGAGGUCUUUGUGAGAGGUAUUCACAACCCUCAUUAGAGGAAGAAGGCCAUAUAAGAAGAUAUAAAAUAUAUAUUCUAAUUAAUAGUUUCGAGGUCUUUGUGAGAGGUAUUCACAACCCUCAUUAGAGGAAGAAGGCCAUAUAAGAAGAUAUAAAAUAUAUAUUCUAAUUAAUAGUUUCGAGGUUUUUGUGAGAGGUAUUCACAACCCUCCUGUCGGCCUUUAAUUAUGAGCUAACUUUACCAUGUACUCAAUUUCGAUCAUGUUAUGAGUAAAAAUUACUUUCAUUAUCCGAAACAGUACAUUAUAUACUUGUAAGAAACUUUAUUCUAGCAACAUGUCGUUUAAAUUUAUUCACUCACUGUGAAGAAUAUUAACACAAAAUUUCGAGAGACUAGAAAAUUGCUACUAAUAGAACAAUUUUUAUAUUUUUUAACUAUAAUAUUAUUCUGAUUUUAAUGAAACUAAAAGAGCCAUUUUGCGAUUUUGCAUUCAAACUGUCUUUUUCGAGAUAAAUAUUAAAAGAGUACAUGAAUAACAUAUUCUUGGGGCUAUCUAGAGUCUGUUUCUCCUAUACAUUGAAAGAGAUAUGUAACAUAGAAAGGCGCAAUAACAUCUGAUGCACUUACAAUGCACUUCUCAUUUAAACUACAAGAACUCAAAAUGAAAAAUUUAAUGUUUCUCAAUGUAUGUAUGCUUCAGAAUUGAACACUCUAUGGCGCACAUAUUUAUAAUAAUGUGAAAGAAUCGUUGAUAGAUUGCAUCAAUGCGCUUAAUAAAAUUUGACUGGUGCAUCCCGGUCGAUAUUUCGUCCUCUUUGUUGCUUUUAAAAAGCUACUGAAUGUCUUCCCUGUUUUUAUCUCUAGUCUGAGUCUCUUGUUAAAUCCUCGACACAUCUUUCGAGCACAAUGCUAAUGUAAAUAUUGUUACUUGUUGUUUAAUUCUUGUACUGAUAUGCGUUAUUUUUUAUAUCUAUGUUUUUUACACACAUUACAAACAAUAAAUAAAUUAUAUUAUGUUUUUACGGAAUGAGUUUCCAAUUACCUAUGCGUUUCCAGUAAACUGCAAACCUGGUGGUACUUCUAAAACUUUAAAAAUAUUUUUAUUAUAGUUGUAACUAAAAAAAUAUUGAAAAGCAAAUAAACUAUAUUUCCAAUUCUUAUUCAA